GACGUCAACGGCUUCAUCCACGAUGACCCCGACAGGGAGGCGAGCGAGCGCGAGGAGGCCAAGGCGCUCGUGGACAGGAUCAUUGGCGCCAUGGAGGACGACGGCCUGCACCAGAAGGCCGCGCGCCUGCGGUUGGCGGGGGACGCAGGGUACCCUGGCGAAGACGAGCUCCCCUUCUACGCCAGGGUCCUCCAGGGGCGCAUCGAGCUCGACGACCCAGUGGGCUACUUGCGGAAACAUAAUUAUGCGGCGGACGACGACGUCGUCGACGCGGAGGCGCUGGAGAUCUACGCCAAGUCCGUGAACGGUCGUGUUGUGCAUGCUGCUCCGACCGUCGGCGGUGGCGCGCCCAUCCCUGUCAUCGAGUUCGGCGACGUUGGCGCGCCGCUGCUGUACAGAGUGGCGUUCCAGAUGAAGACUGGUCCCGACGGCCACUCGUCGCCCCACUGGAUCCUCGCCUGCUCCUACUACAUGGCCAGGGCCGCCCGACCGCCGCCGAAACCUCGGGCGCAGUUCUACGACCUGGAGGCAGGGGCGUCUGGUGGCAGCGAAGACGAGUCCGACGGGUCGCAGGGUGCUGACGUCGACGAACAGGGCAACGUAGUCGGCCUCAUCGACGACGAUGCGGACGACGACUCGGACGACUCCUCCAACAGGCGCUUCUGGGAGGACGCGCUGGGGGACCAGGGCACCGCCACGCCCGACGCUGGUGAGGCAGCGCAAGGCACCGACACGACCGUGGCGCACUCGGAGGCCAAGGAGGCCGCAGGGUCCGACGAGCUCACCGCGGAGGAGAGACGGAAGGCACAGGAGGAGUGGGCCGACCAGCUUAUCUCCGAGGGGAUGCUGCAGCCGUGGGGCGAGGACGAGCUAUUCGAACCCGAGGGCUACGACCCCGACGGCGACCAGGUGCUGGGCGAGGACGACCUGCCACUCUUCGACCUGGAGGACGCGCAAGACACGCAGCUACCUGACGCCGGAGGCGAUGGCGAUGGGGAUGCUGCCGAGGAGCCACCGCCGCCCAGGGCGGCGCGGAAGCGCCCUGCCAGCAAGGCGCUGCCCGAGCAUGAGGAGCAGCCGAAGCCGAAGCAGCGGCGUUGGGGCAAACACCUGUGCCCAGGCCGAGAUGGAGGGCCGCUCUGUGUGUACGCCACUGACGGGCGCCCAGGCGAGAAGGCCCACGUACACCCGGCGCGGGGCGACCCGCGAUGCAUGUUCUGCGACGGCGACACCCUGCGGGCGCGGGACGCCGUCCGCAAGGGCCAAGACAUCACCAGCGCGCUCAAGAGCCUCAUGCAGUACGACCGCCCCGACCUCGUCGACGGCGCCCUCGACUUCAUCGCCGCGGUGCUCGGCCAGGAGAGGCGCGACAAGUACAAGGCCAACGCCGAGCGCGCGCUCCACCGACAGCGGAAGAGGGACAACCCAGUGCCCGCGACCGACCUCCAGAGCGAGUGGAAGGAGGCGCUAGAGCAUCGCGUGAGCGUGGUGCCGCGGCAGAAGAAGCAGACGCGAAGGGCCUACCCCACCUGGGUCAGGGACGACAGGAAAUUCCGGCGCAACAAAUUCAAGACCGCCCUGGACGACGACGUCGAGGACUGGGCGGAGCCGCAGGCCGUGGCCUUCACCAAGUGGGCGGAGCUCGCCUCCUGGGGCAUGUGCAAGAUCUGCAAACGCCUGGAGAAGAGGUCCUUCGCGCCCGCGGACGUGGCGGCGGCGAUGAUGCGCCUCCCCGACGCGGAGCGCAAGAAGGGCCGCAAGGCUGGCCAGCGCAGCGCCUGGAUCAACAAGUGCAAGUACUGCGCCAGUCCGCCAGAGAAGCGAGUGGGCUACCCCGCCGUCCAGAUCGAGGACAUCCCCGAGCCGCUGCGCCACCUCAGCGUGGACGCACUCGAAGCGUUGAGGCCGAUGGAGGUGUCCAUAGGGCCGCAUGCGCGGGCCGCACACGGAUACAGGGUCCACACCGACAUGAUCGGCUUCCGCUGGAAGGCCACCGACGUCCUCACGGCCGUGAGCGAGCUCCCCGAGCGCCACCAGCGCAGGGCCAUGGACGCCCUCGAGUACCUCGAGGCGCACGACGACCCCGCCGAGGAGGACUUCUCCAGCUGGGCCACGCUCACGGACUACUACCUGGCCCACCCUCAGAAGAGCGCGUACUUCGCCAUCAUGCGCUUGCACAACAGGUUCCUCCGCAGGAACCGCAACGACCUCUCGCAGAAGAAGCGCCGCCUCGCGAUGCGCCUCGUGGAGCAGCUCGGCAUCGAGACGGCCAUCUGGCCCCACCUGUACCCGAGGGUGUCCAUGUGCGAGACCUACGUCCGCCUGAUGGACGAGCGGCGCGUGGCGCGCACGCGGGCCGCGCGACGGGCUGCGCAUUUUGAUGGCACCGACGACUCCUCCGACAGCGACGACGCGGAGGCCGACGGCAAGAAACGCCAGUCGCUCAAACGCAGCUACACGGCCAAGGUCUUCUCGCCCGUGAUCGGCUACGGUGCCGACACCGAGCUCGCCCAGUUCGUCUACGACCUCUGGCUCUGGACGGCACUGGGGGGCAAGAAGCACGCUGCCAAGGUGCCCAUGCGCCUGGCGCUGGCUGGCAUGUCCUUCAGCCCCGAGUACUGGCGGACCUACCACUUCGCCCUCAUCGACCUGCAGCGCCAGCUGGGCUUCCCGACCCUGUUCGUGACCCUGUCGCCGCUGGAGUGGUCCACGCCGUUCCACGUCUGGGUCGAGGACGAGAUGCGGCGCACGCUGCGGUCGCGCACUUGGCUUCCGGCCGCGGAGACCUACCACCUGUCGCACGUGCUCACCCAGGCCAUCGUCGGGCUGCUGACUGGCACCCAGGGGAAGGCCACCUCGCGGGAGUCUUCGGCGUGGACACACCACGUGCUUGCUGGCAAGGACGCCGAGGGCAAGCCGACGCAGCGCGUGAUCACGCAGUUCGCGCGCAUCGAGUUCCAGGACGGCAAGCGCAAGCGCGGCGGGCCCAACGCGCGGCACGCCUACCACGGCAGCGGCCGCCCCCACGUCCACUGCCUCGUCUGGCUGGAGAAGGUCGCCUCGAUCGAUCUCCCGAGCAAGGUCUCCGCCACCAUCCCAGACGACGAGGAGCAGGAGCAGCUCUAUCACAUCGUCAUGGGCUCCCAGACCUCCACGCACGGCUCCCACCCGUGGCCUGAGCGCAAGGAGGAGUCGACCUGGGACGAGCGGGGGAAGACGCUGAGGCUGCACCACACCGCCAGGGACUUGCACCACAAGCUCCGCGCCUACAUGCCGGCCGUGAUCGCGGGCAUGAAGUCCCACAUGGACGUGCAGACCUCCGAUGGCCGCGGCAUGCUCUUGCGCUACGUCUCCUCCUACACCGCCAAGUUCUCCGACCAGUUCUCCUCCGAGUGGCUCAAUGACGAGGCCUCCGACUACGCCAUCAGCCGCCGCAUCCUCACGGAGUUCCACCCGCUCGAGCCCGAGAUGUGGCUCCAGCUUGCCGCAGCGGAGUACUCCCAGGUCCUCACGCACGGCACGGUCAAGAAUAUCCCCGUGCCCGUGCCGUGGAAGGGCAAGGAGAUGCCCGCGGUCGUCGAGCGCUACACGCACAGCGCCUGGCGACCCGACCACAUGGGCCUCCUGGAUUACGUGCGGCGCUCCAACAGCAGGGGCGGCGUGCACCGAGCGCUCCGCCUGCGCUACGCCAAUCUCCAGAAGGCGAACGACCCCUCCGUGGCCAACGUCGACCUGGAGACCUGGGCCGCGCGCGUGCCCAUGCGCGGCGAGGUCCUGGUGGCGGCGCGCUCCAACUCUCGCUUCAGCGACGAGUACUACGGCCAGUGGAUGCUCCUCCACGUCCCCUUCCGCAGCGUGGAUGAGCUUUGGCAGGAUGCCGCGGAGCUCGUACCGACGGGGUACAGGCUGUUCGCCCACUGCCUUCUCCACCGCCCUGACCUUUGGCGGAGCGAGGCAUGGUUGCGCGCCGACAUGCAGCUGGAGGCUCACCGCGACCCGACCAUCGACUCCAACGUGGCGAUGAUCAAGGCGCACAUCACCCUCGUCGACGACUACCUGGAGGGCCGCCUCGUGGUCGGGGAAGACCCCGAGAGCUGGCACAGGGCGGUGGAGCUCGCCUGGCCCGACGACUACGAGGACCACAACCACGGCCUGCCCCACGACGAGGUGGCGCGCUACCGCGAGGACAUGCCCGACCUCGACGUCGACAGCAUCCACAGGGCCUUCAACGUCUACCUUCCGGAGCAGCAGACGCUCCAGCGCAUGCAGGACUUCGACCUCGUUGUCAUCGAGGAGAUCAGCAUGGUCGAGAUGUGGAUCUACGAGCGCCUCCUGCGCCUCUGGGACGCGGCCGCGCGGCGCCCUGCGCUCGUCUUCGUCGGCGACUUCCGACAGCUCCGCUGGAUGGACAGCCCGCGCGUCCUCGAGCAAUGGCGCUGGGCCGACGUCGACGUGAGGGAGCUCAAGAUCAUGCGCCGCUGCAAAUGCCCCAUUCUCAAGAAGACGCUCGAGCUCCUCCGCACGGCCACGCCGAGCAGGCCGCAGCUCACAGAAAUCAUCAGGGACCAUCGCGCGCCUUCGCCCAUACAUCGGGAUGUGGGCUGGUGGGAGCGCGAGGAGCCCACGGAGUACGAGAUCGGCCAGGUCUUCGAGGAGCACCCCACCACGACGUUCGUCACGAUCUCCAGGGCCAAGGCGGCGUGGGUCAACCAGGCAGCCUUGCGGCACUUCUACUGGGAGGUCGAACCCCUGGGCACCAUCGACGCCGACCCUGAAUUCAACCCGCGCAAUUUCUACGGCACCAAGCAGGUGAGCUGGGCCAACAUGCGCUUGCCCAUCUUCGAGGGCAUGCGCGUGGGCUUCACCGCCAACAUUCGCCCCGAGAUCGACUUCGUCAACGGCAUCGAGGGCCACGUGAUCAUGAUGGACCACACGGGCGUCUUGGUCAAGACCACCACGGGCCACAUGGUCAAGGUGCCGCCCUACACCAACCCCGAGUGGCGCAACGUAUACUACCCGCUGCGACUUGCGUACGCCACCACCCUCAUGAAGGUGCAGGGCGAUACCCUGAAGCAUAUGACGCUGUGGAUGGACACGCCGGGCGUGGAGGCGGCGGGAUACGUGGCUUUGUCCCGCGUCCAGCAUGACAGGGACUGGAAGUACGUGGGCUACCUUCAGCAGAAGCAUUUCGUGCCUGCGCAGCUCUGA